UUUGACAAAGACUUAUCAAAAUUAAAGUAAGUAAUAAAAUGUCGUAUUUUUCAAAUCGUGAAGUAUUAUAUUUUUCAUCGUAAUGCCGUGAAUAAUUCGCAAUCAUGUGUGAGAUAUUCCCAGAAGUGAACGACUGCUGUUCUUUUUUAUCCAUCAGAAUGGGAAUGCUGUUUAUAGCAAUCCUAUCCAUAUCGACAGGUGCAAUCACUCUUGGCGUGGUAGAACAAAAAACGAAUAUUGACUAUGACCAGGUACUAUCUAUAUAUAAUAAUGUCACAAAUAGUACAAGAACAGAACAAGCUCUUUCAGACUUGAAUGGUAUUAUCAUAACUACAAUAACAGUAAUGUCAGUGAUUUUUAUGUUAGCUGGCGUAUGCCUUCUGUUCGCCACUUUGGCAGACCAAGAAGGAUAUGCGCAGGGGUUUAUAUGGCUAAUAUUUUUAAAUAUACUUCUUGGAUUACUCAUAAUAUUUGCGAUAACUUAUGAGUGCUUAAUGAAAUCAAAAUGCUUUCUCGGUCAUAUGGAUUGGUUGUCGGGAGCAAUAGCACUCAUCAUCGUGGUGUUCUACCUAAUAUUGUGGUACUACUUCAUAAGCGUGGCAAACACUUACGUUCUAAAUGGAAACACAUAAUAUUAAAAGAUCCGAACUAACACCAACCUACUCUCAUAAAAUAUUUGAGUGAAAAUAUAUAAUUAUAUCCUUUAUGAUUAGAGUCGUUAGGAUCAUAUCUGUUUAUCAAUCAAAUCCGUUCCGUUUUAAAUAAGGG